UUUGACCUGUCUCUACCUAUUUAAGUAAUUCUCCUCCAUAAAAUCAGAAUCGCGUGCCGACCAUAUCAUAACCUUUAGCUAUCUAUCUUUGCUUUUGCCCUUUUCUUUUGACUUUCAAAAAUUAAAAUUAUAAUUGAUGCAAUUUACUGCCCUUUAGAUUCCCAUACUCCUCCUUUAUAAACAACCGUUUCUUGCCACCAGAAGCUCUAUUCCUCGUUUGCAACUUUGCCUCCGCCGCCGCCACCACCACCACAGGCCGCUGCUGCCUGAAUUAUUACCACCAUCUUAUCUAACCUACUUCUCAAACAAGCAAUUCUUGAAACCGAAUAGAGGCCUUUGGAUCAUAACUCCAGCAAACAAGUUUGAAUGAAAGUCUUGUAUAUUAACAGAAAACAACAUGUCAAAUAUACCCACAUCUCUCUCUGAAGUAUGCCUUACUCUCUUCCGUUUAACCAUGUCCAUGGCCGACCCUUGGCCCUUUUCUUGAAACCUGCUAUACUCUAAUAAGUCUUGUUUGCCCAUAUUCAGAAAUACACCCACUUACGCACAAAUUUUUUUGUUUAGAAAAAAAGAAAAGCCUCUUUCUUAUUAUAGUCUGUCUCCCUACCAAUCACGUCAUGAAUAAAAUAAGAGGGUUCAAGAUUGGAAAGCGGUUAGUUCGGAUCUCCAGAUGGAUUUUCCGGCGGACCCGAUGCCGGUCCUGUUACAAUCGGCUAAGCCCGCCGGAGAAAUCAUGCAGGUCGACGCCCCUCGCGAAGCUUAUUAACUGGGGACGCCGCUUGACAACGGGAGCCAAAUUACUGUGCUCUGCAAAACCCGGGUCGGGUUACGUCCCGGUCGGAGAGGAAGCUAUAAUUGAUAAACCGGUGACAGUGCCAAAAGGACACUUAGCAGUAUACGUGGGUCAAAAGGAUGGAGAUUUCCACAGAGUUCUGAUACCUGUGAUCUACAUUAACCAUCCUCUGUUUGGCAAGCUAUUGAGAGAAGCAGAACAGGAGUAUGGGUUCAAUCAACAAGGUGGGAUCACGAUUCCUUGUCGAUACUCGGAGUUUGAAAGGGUCCAAACCCGAAUCGCAGCAGGGUCGGGCGGGCGGAAGCUGGCGUGGAAACGCAGCCACUGUUGAAGUCGUUUAUUAGAUGAUGACGAUAAUAUAUUACGAUAGUGAUGUGUAGAAUUUUUGGUUAGAAUAGGAUAGUUCUGUUGCUUUUUUUUCUUUUUUAUUUCCCCCGCUUUUUGAAAGCCUUCUGCUUUUCUUUACGUUUUAUCUGUAAUGAAUAUUUAGUUGUAAAUUGAUAUACAACUACUUUUUGCUGUUUUAGCUGGUGAUUGAUUAGUAUGAUUGGAAAUGAACAGUAAUACUUCUUGUCGAUUCA